AUGAGGGUAUCAUGGGUUUCGGCCCUAUUUCUGGCGGCUUUAGUCCAGCUCGCCUAUCCACAGUUCGAACCAGAACGACAGUGUUUCUGUAAGGUCGGCGAGGCCGUCGUGCCUUGCGACUGCGGUUCUGAGAACAGUAUCGAUGAACUGAACAAUGAGAGAAUCUUCGAGAAGCUCCAGAAACUUCUCAAAAAAGACUUCUUCCGCUUUUACAAGGUUUUUUUUUGCUUGGUACUUGUGUUAUUUGCGCAACUUUUUAUGGUACAUCGUGAAAAAUUAUAUAUGUGAAAAAACUAUUUUCCAUUUGCUCUUUUUUUAGAUUUAGAUGUAAUGAAAGCUUUCAGGUCAUCUAGAUAGAGAUUUGAGUGAAAUUGAAAAUCUAAAAAGUGGAAAUAAGAUACGAAUUUUUUUUAUCAAAAUUUAAGUUAUUUAAAAGAGGAUUGAAAAAAAGCUUCGAUUAAGGUGAACAUGGACAAGACCUGUCCGUUCUGGGCGGAUGAACGACAAUGCGGAACGAGCCAGUGCGGCAUCGCUUUCUGCGACGACGAAGUUCCCCUUGGACUUCGUCGCUCCGUCGCCGUCAACUCGGUACGGAUCACCGCUUUCCGAAACCACACCAACCGCUGGAACGCGACGUCGUCGACGAAAGCCCGCGUUCAGGCGGCGGAAGACGUUGCGACUCCCGAGGAAUGCCGACGGAGCCAGGACGCGACGGGAAGCAACGCCUUCGACCCGAUGGAUCGAUCGCUGAUGGAAAGCGAGAAACGACGUCUUCUAGACAUGGACGUCCACGACGACCAGGAAGACAAAUUCUGCGAAAUCGAAGGUUUUUCUUUUUAGUAAUUGCCUCAAUGAAUAAGAUAGUUUUAAUGAAGUUUUUAUAAAAUAUUAAGAAAGUCUUUUUUAAACUUUAUCUUACAAAGUUACGGUAAAUAAAUUUUUUGACUUUUUUUUUGGAGCUCGAUUUGUAUUUUUUUCCUCUAUAACUUGAACGGUAGAACUUCUUUUUUUGUCGGAAAUUUCGCUUUUAUCUGUGUUUAUUAUCACAAGGCCUUGCCGAAGUUAUUCACUGAACUUUAUUAGCAAACUUUUUUUUCAUUUUUGAAAAUAAAUUUUAAAAAUAGUAACCAAACCAUUAGAUCAACCAUGUUCUUUUCCGAAAGUAAACAAAACUAAAAAAAAUUUUUUUUUGGUUGAAAGCUCUAUGUUUGAUUAAAUGUAGAAUAACAUUUUUUUUUUCCAACGGGCGCCAUUGUGUUUGUGUCUUUGUUCAGCUUUUUCUCCAUCUCUCUCUCUUUUUCUGACGGAAAAUGUUCUCUUUGGAUAGUUUGAUUCUCUUUUUUAUUUUGGAAAAUGCAUUGCAUUUUUUUUUAAAUCAAAAUUUUCAUAAUUGAAAAGAAAGAGUUCGUUGGAAAGUAGGGGAAGAAAGGACGAAACAGUGCUUUAGACGAUGACUCGAACGAGAUGCACUACGUGGAUCUGUCGAAGAAUCCCGAACGGUACACUGGAUACAAGGGAGACUCCGCGUUGCGCGUUUGGAAGAGCAUUUACCAAGAAAAUUGCUUCAAGUGGGUUUUUUUCUUUUUUUUAUGUUCCGAUACAGGUUUUAGCGAAAAAAAAACAACCCCUUUUUCACUGAGAGUCCUAAAUUUUGAAAAUUCGAAAAAUUUUAUCUGAACUUGAAUCACCACAUUUUCAUGUCGCAAAAGAGAUAUUUGAGACUUCUUUUUCAGUGUUAAGUUGAUUGAAAAUGUCUUUGAAGAUAUCCAAAAGACGCUUUUUUGCUCACUAACAUCCUCUUAAGCACUAAAAAGUUCAUAAAAAGUAAAUUUCAUUUUUUUGACAAUAAAAAGAAAAAAAUUGUUGUUCUUCUCUAUGAAAAUAACUGAUUUCAGGCCCGAUCCGAAAUUCGACAAGAAUUUUCUCACGAACCCCAACGACUUUGGUUAGUUUUUUUCAAUUUAAUGAUUUUCUUUUAGCGUUAGAAUCCUUUUGAAAACUGUUUAGAAACUGUUUUAUGUGACCCGGAAAGUUGAAAAACGUUUAGUUUUUGAAAUCGUUUCUCUCGAAAUCAGUUCCAAUAUUUUUUAAAUUUACUUUUUUUCUCUCAUAGCGAUUUGUUUCAGUUCCAUAUUCUUUCAAUUUUAAUAAACAUUUGGAAUUUUUUAAAAUUAUCUCAAUCAAUUAAAAAUUUACAUUUUUAGAAGGUAUGUUGUUUCUGCCUCGCCGUCUCUCAAAAUGACAAAAGAUGGUUUUUUCGUGUUGUCGUGCCCCUUUUGUCUUUUUUCCAUUUCGAUCCUUUUUAUCGUACGCAAAUCACCUUUCUGCCUCAAUUUCCAGUGAGCUACAUUGAAGUUUCUCGCUUUUUCUCAAGCUUUAUGUGUGAUCUGUACUUUUUUCAUCCUUUAUGCUUGACUUUUCGAAAGUUUUGCUGAACCUUAUGAGUUUAUUUAGGCAUGUGUCUGGAGAAGAGAGUUUUCUAUCGCCUCAUUUCUGGCCUUCAUUCUGCCAUCACCAUCUCCAUCGCGGCUUACAACUACAAGCCCCGUUUGUGAAAUUUUAUUCCUGUUCAAAAUCUUCAUAUCGGCUUUGUAGCGCCGUCUGGUCUUGGCAAAUUCGGGAACGCUGCUGCCAUGGGAACUUGGUUCCGAAAUACAGAGAUGUUCGCCGGUCGGUUCGGCACGAAAUGGAGUUGGGAGGGUCCUCAGAGGUUUUUCGAGAGAAAAUAUUUUUCCAUCCAUCAAUAUCCGCUCAGACUUCGAAACGUCUACUUUGCCUAUUUACUCGAAUUACGGGCGCUUUUGAAGGCGGCGCCUUACCUGCAAAACGAAUUGUUCUACACGGGAAACGAGAAAGUUUGUUGCUUACCUUGUCCUUGAUGCAUUAUUCGCUUCAGGACGACUUGGAGACUCGCCAAGCUGUCGAAGAGCUUCUCGAGGAGAUUCGUCGGUAUCCUGAUCAUUUUGAUGAAUCUGAAAUGUUCACGGUUGGUUUUCCAGACAUUAAUGUCGCUAUUCGAAAUUUGAAUAAUGGCUCAAAGAUUUUGCAACUUUCAAAAUGCAUAACAAAAAAAAGGCUUAAAUAGAAUUACUUCAAAUUAAUUUUUAUUUCAGUUAUUGCUAGAUUGUUAGAAGACUAAUGGAAUUUUUUGCAUAAUGUUAAGGGAAGUAGCCGUUUUCAAUAAUGCAUUUUUUUUUACUCUUGCAUCAAGAAUUUUUUUUUCAAACUCGGUUUCAUUAUACAAAGUGUACCCCUUCCUGAGCAGGGAGUUCUUUCAAAAGUUCUUUGAAUUUUCAGGGAGUUGAAGCUCAAGCUCGUGUGCUCCGUGAGGAGUUCCGAUCGCAUUUUGUGAACAUUUCCCGAAUUAUGGACUGUGUCGAGUGCGAUAAAUGCAGGCUUUGGGGAAAAGUAAAGCUUUUACUUCAAAGCUCCCAUAAUACCUAAAUUGUUAAGGUUCAAACGCAUGGAAUGGGAACGGCGCUCAAGAUCCUGUUCUCGGAUUUGCCCCACUCUCACUACAAAAACGAGGCCGCCAAUAAGUUCCAGCUGACAAGGUGAACAAUUUAUAGGGAAGAAGAUAAAUAAAAAGACUUUAAUUUAAUUAUCAUAGAUCUGAAUUAACUGGGUCUAAUCCAAAAAAAAAUAUUUUUUCUUAAUAAGUUCUAGCUCUGCUCUGAGUUUCGAAACAUCCAUUUUAGUGUUCGGGAGCAAGUAUUAGAAGUAUAAACAAACUUUUUGGCCAUGAGAGACGUCAGACAGUAAAAGACAGGGUUUAAAGCGGAAGUAGUAUCUUGUAGAGUUUUUUUUCAUUGCGAAUCGAUCGGUGUGCUCAAAAAAUCACCGAUUCAACUACUUUUACGGAAAAAAGCGAUUAAAUUUCCCGUCUCUUGAUUUUGAAAUACGUUCGAUUUGAAAUUAAAAGCUCUACAGGAUACCGAUUUACCUGAAACCCCGUUUUUCACUGCCCCUAUGCCUAUAAAUGAAAAAAAGGCUUAACUUGUUCAAAACGCUGCUGCGCUUCAAAGUUUUGAUGAGCUCAAUUUUUUUCAUGGCUUUUUUCAAUAAUUAAAGAGGAAAAUUUGCGAAAAAAAAAAGUUUCUAAGCCAUGUUUUGCGUCUCAAAAGUCAUAAAAAUAGGAAAUUCGAAGGAAGAACUGACAAGGUAGGCCAUUUUACUUUGCGAUUGGGGUUUUUCCUGAAAAUUGCCCAGAACACUGCUUGAUGUACCAGAAGAAGAUUUUGAAAGUAUCAACCUGCAAAAAUUUCGUACUUUUGAGAAAGGGUGCCUCAACGAAAACUAAAAAUCCAUUAUAACUGGCUUCUUUUGGGGCUUUCUAUCGAAAACUAAGAAGUUGUGCAGAUUGAGACUUUCAGAAGUUUAAUCUGGUACAUCAAGGAGUGUUUUGGCCAAAUCUCAGGAAAUUCCCAACCGCAAAUUAAAUUCUCGUGUGAGAAAGAUAAUAAACAACAAUUCUCUUAGAAACGAAGUGGUGGCCCUGUUCCAAAGCUUCGGCCGUUAUUCUUCCAGCAUUAUGGAGGUCGACAACUUCCGGAAAGACAUGUUCCCCACGGGCAAACGGUCAACCGCCGACUUGUAA